AUGUCAUUCUCCAAAGAAAUCCAGGCUUUAGAGAAAAUAGGACAACCAAUAAAUCCUACCAGCAGAAUCAUCACCCUCAAUCCGUUUUUUGACGACAAAGGUGUACUGAGAGUUGGUGGACGACUGCAAAAUUCAUCCUUAACAUUUUCUCAAAAGCACGGUGCCAUUUUACCAAAAAACAACCAUGUAACUGACUUGAUCAUUCAACAUGAACAUUUGUCACAUCUCCACGCUGGAGUGCAGACGACUCUCUACACACUUGGACAAAAUUAUAGGCCAGUGGAUGGUCGAAAUCAAGUCCGGAAAAAUAUACGCAAAUGUCAUCGUUGUUGCCGUGCAAACCCACCACCUACCAAUUAUAUAAUAUGGAAUCUUCCAAAGGCCCGAAUAUCAGGAGAUAUACGACCAUUCAUUAAUGUUGGCGUGGACUACUGUGGGCCUUUCUACAUUAAAGAAAAAAAAUACCGCAAUAGAAGUAAGGUGAAGGUUUAUGUUGCAGUUUUUAUAUGUAUGGCAGUCACAGCAGUGCAUCUCGAACUCGUCAGCGAUUUGACUACAGCGGGGUUUAUUGCCGCCCUUGACCGUCUUAUAGCUCGACGAGGUAAACCAAGCAAAAUGUACUCAGACAAUGGUACUAAUUUUACCGGGGCCAACAAUGAACUUCGGGAAAUAGUAGCGUCACUCCAAAUACCGGAACAAGCAGAGCAAAUAAUGACACAUCUCACUAAUCAAGGAAUCGACUGGCAAUUCACACCUCCCUUGUCGCCACAUUUUGGUGGAAUUUGGGAAGGCGCUGUUAAGUCCUUCAACAUCACCUCGUCCGAGUAG